GGCACUAUGUGUUUAAUAAUUUACCAACUAAAUAAUGUUUUUGUGUGAGGAAAUAACUUCGUGGUCGUCGCGUUUGUCUGCGUAACGCCUUAUUUCCUUACGUUUUCGCGUUGUAUUAUCGACGAAUCCACCGUUAAUCGAAGAAGUGCUCUAAUCGUGGUUUGUUUACAUCUGAAUUUGUGUUGAAGCUUUGCAUUCCUGUAAUGUAAAGUCGUUGGGAUAAGGGAUAUACUACUAAUCCGUGGAUUUUCACACCCCUCGAAUAGAAACGUUGAUCGCAAAGGUUGCCGGCGCUGGCGUAGUGAACGUCCGUGGAGGGGAUAGUCAGCUGGCACCGUCGCGACGGCGUGUCUUCCAGUCGACGUCAGGCGUCCGUUUUGAUACAGCGCGUCGAGUGCGAUUCCCUUUUCUCGUUCGGUUUUUUAUUUACACCGCGACUUCAACGGAAUGUGCUGCUGAAGGUUACACCGGUUUGCGAGUGGUGACAGUUGUGCUGUGAUUUUUCGUCCCGUUUGACAUGUUCUAGUGAUCGGCAAUCGCAACACAGUAACAUGCAGGGUCGUGGUGCGCUUUUGGUUUCGCUGACUUGGCUAUUGUUCGGGUGUCCGACGGAGACGAUUUCCGCGUGGCAGGAGAACGUCAGACCGAAGAUGUACGUCCAAUUAGGGGCGGAAGAUGACGUGCAUCGUUUCGCGGGCAACGACACCAUCACCGACUACUUCCGGCUCGUGAUGCGAGACGGAGACUUUCUUCUCAUCGGAGGAAGAAAUUUGGUGUAUAACCUGACCUUGUCGGAUCUAGGAGAGCAGCAGAGACUGAUGUGGUAUUCUAAUGAGCACGACGCAAGAAUGUGUGUGAUGAAAGGGAAAGAUGAGGAAAAUUGCCAAAACUACAUAAGGAUAUUAGCCAAGAGCGCUGCCGGCCGAUUGCUGCUCUGCGGCACGAACGCCUUCAAACCCCUGUGCCGCGAAUACAACAUACUCGACAAGAAUUACACCGUGGAAAAGGAAAAACCGGGUCAAGCCGUGUGUCCCUACGACCCGCAUCAUAACUCAACCGCGAUUUACGUCGAUGGCGACUUGUACACCGGCACGGUGGCCGAUUUCAGCGGAACCGAUCCUAUUAUCUACCGAGAACCGCUACAAACGGAACAAUACGACUCGAUGAGCCUGAACGCUCCCGAUUUCGUGGGAUCCAUGACGCAGGGCGACUUCGUAUAUUUCUUCUUCAGGGAGACAGCGGUCGAAUACAUCAAUUGCGGAAAGGCCGUCUAUUCUCGAGUGGCCCGGGUCUGCAAAAACGACAGGGGAGGCCCUCACCGUUUCAGGAACCGAUGGACGUCUUUCCUCAAAUCAAGACUUAACUGCUCGGUCACCGGGGAGUUCCCUUUCUACUUCAACGAGAUACAGUCAGCGACCGACUUAAUUGACGGCAAAUAUGGCGACGUGUCCGCUCAGCUUAUUUACGGGACAUUCACUACUCCCCCGAACAGCAUAUCUGGGAGCGCGGUGUGCGCUUUCAGUCUGCAGGAUAUUACGGACACUUUCGAAGGCAAUUUUAAAGAACAGGCCGCCAUAAACUCGAAUUGGUUGCCGGUGCUCAGCAAUAAAGUGCCGGAUCCGAGACCCGGUCAGUGCCACAACGACAGCAGGACGUUGCCUGACCUCACCCUCAAUUUCAUCAAGACCCAUUCGUUGAUGGACGAGAGCGUGCCGAGUUUCUUCGGACAUCCGAUCGUCAUCAGGACUAGUUUUCACUACAGAUUUACUCAAAUAGCAGUAGAUCCCCAGGUGAAAGUUCCAGGGGGCAAGACGUACGACGUACUGUUCAUAGGAACGGACAACGGUAAAAUCAUUAAAGCGGUGAACGGACUGUCGGCCGAAACCAGACAUGGCGUGCGACCGGUAGUGGUCGAGGAGAUCCAAGUAUUCCCGGUCCACGUUCCCGUCCGCGGAUUGAAAAUAAUGAAAGGCGGCGGCAAAGAUGAAGGCAGAUUGAUAGUGGUCUCGGAUACGGAAGUGCAAUCGCUUAGAUUGCACAGAUGCGACAGCAAUAAAAUUUCCAGCUGCAGCGAAUGCGUAGCGUUGCAAGAUCCAUACUGCGCCUGGGACAAAGUGCAGGGCAAGUGUCGCUCCAGAGGCGUCGGUAGAUGGGGCGAAGAAAGCUAUUUCUUCCAAAGCGUCUCGACGGGCGAGCAUACCGCUUGUCCGCCUCAAAAAAGCAAAGACGCCGGCUCGGUCGGCGGUCUAAGUUCGAAUCAGCCGAAGUUCAAUUCGGAUCACAUGCCAAAUAAAGAUCAGCCUGACGGUCAGAUCAUCAAUAUUAUCCAGGACAAACCGUACGAAAAUACCGGCCCCUCGGUGACCGCAACAGACGCUCUUCCGAACCAAUAUUCCGUCGAAACGCUCAUAAUGGCAGUGGUGGCGGGUGCCGUGUCCGCCUUAGUCGUCGGUUUCAUCGCCGGCUACCUCUGCGGCAGAAAGUGCCAUAAAGACGAAGACGACAACCUGCCGUACCCGGACACCGAGUACGAAUAUUUCGAACAGCGUCAAAAUAUGAACAGCAGGAUCACGGCGGAGCCGAAACUCCUGCCGCAAGAGGAAGUGACAUACGCGGAACCCGUGCUGGUACCGCAACCCCCUCCGAAGAUACACUCGCCAAAGAGUACCCUGAGGAAAGGUCCGCACCAGAACAACGCGGAGACACUCUUCCAAUUCCAAACGGACACCGGCUACAACGGCAGAGACAAUUACAGAGGCAGAGACAAUUUUGGCACACUUCGUUCCCAUCAGUUGUUACAGGGCGAUAAUUUUCGGCGCGGAGACGGAUUCGCCACCACGCGCAGCGUGAAGAAGGUGUAUCUCUGAGAAAACAGCGAGGAGGGCGCAGUGGGCGUACCGCGCAGCAGCCUGAGUCGGCCGCCCCAUCACCAUCACCACCACCACCAUCAUCCCCAGCAGCAGGGCCACAGCGCCUUGCCGACUAGCAGCGGCUCCUCCAGCUCCCCGUCGCCGCCCUCCUCGUCUCCGUCGCCCACGCCCCCCAACACUGCCUCGUUUAUCUACCGGGCUUAGCCGCCGUUUCACCUUUACCACCGGAUGUACUGAUUACCUACUUGUUGGAACCGGCAUUUAAUGUCGUUAUAACGUGGGGUCCCCGCCAUUUUGUACAAUAUUUAUCAGUUUACUGAGUUUAAUAGACGCAGAGGGCUCGUUAUUGUCAGCGCCAUCUACAAAUUGAAAGACGAAGCUUCGAAAAGGGAUCUUCUAAUUUGCUACCCUUGCUUCACGGGUAAGUGAGGGGAAAAUUACAUGAAAGUUAACUUAAUACUAUUCUGUUUCAAUGUCUCGAUUUAAAACAUCGUGCCAAACAAUUAUUUUAUAAUUGAUUACUGCGUGUGGUUGCUUGCUAAAGUUACUUCCUCCUCACAACUUCCUUUCACAAACAUACUUUUUCCUGACGCACCGGAUCCUACUGUCUAUAAUUAACUCAGCAGGAACUCGAUAAUAGAUUUUGCAAAUCAUCAUUAGCAUCAACAGACAAAUCACCACCCAACAUUGGUACACUAGAUUUCACGCAUCUCUUAAUUAAGUACAGAGUGGUUCAUACGAGGGUUCAUAAUAAGAUGCUGAUCCUUAAAGGCGCGAUUCCUUGGGUAAUUUACCAGAAAAAAAAUGGUUUAUAUCGAUACAGAUCCGCAACCGCUUUAUUUUGGUGUUCACAGUCUUGAAAUAAAAAAAAAGUAAAUGAUUUUUUAUUUAUUUUCAUUGAAAAAUAAAUUACAUUUUCGACAUCUUGAUUUAGUACUUAGUAAAAGCCUUUAAAAAAGCCAUAAAAAAUCUUAUUUAAACAUUACAAUUAAAUCAACAGUUAAAUAAUCGCAAUUUAAUUAUUGAAUAUUGAAUAUAAAAAAACGUGAACAAAUAUGGAAUAUAUUUUCCAUACCUUGCACAUCAAACACCAUGUAUUAGUUAAGGGGAGACUAUACUUUGCAGUUUGUUGUAAACACCCGCAGUAACAUUGCUUUUGAUGGUGAUAGUGCCUCGCCUUAUACAGUAGGGUUCGCUGCGUCAUGGAAAGGUAUAUUUUUGACAGGGGGUUAUCUGCAAAUAACUAAAAGCACACAACGCAUAAUAAUAAACGUGUAAAUAUUAAAUAAACAGUUUACUCGCUUUCGUUUGGCACGAUUACAUCAGCCGGUUAGAUGCAGGGGGAUCUAGCGAAAAUUCUAUAAAAGUAUGGGUUAAUUGAUUUUACAUUAGGCAAUUUUUUUAUUGCUUUUCUGAUUCGGUUCUAUAGCUUCAAUUUCAAAUUUUUCGAAAUUUUUAUAUUACCGGAAAAAAACACCUUUGAAGUAGUAAACAACGACAAAAAACGCAGUUUGUAAAGCAAUUUUCGCGAAAAAACAUCAAAAGUUUGAAAUUUACCUUAACCGCUUGAUCACACCAUUUCUCUUAUUGUACAGCAAUUUUUAAACAAGCCACACCUUAAAAUGCUUAAAGUAUAAAAUGUUGACAAGUUUUUGCAGAAAAAUACAUUAUAAGAUUCUUAAAACACAACAAAACUUUUGAGAUUACUAUAAAAUGGUUUAAGGUUAGUUUUGGUUAGGUAGUUGACUGCAAUCGCAGAAAAAAAAUUGUUAUUUAAUAUUUCAAAGGUGCUCCCGGGAUAUAAUGCCGUUAACGUUCUAUUAUUCCGACCAACAUAAAAUUUUGUUUGUUGUGUUAAUUUUGCUGCCAACAUGGAGAACCAAGGACAGAAUCGAUUUUGGUUUGGGCUGGAUUUUUGCGACUAUUUUUAUAAUCGUUUCUCUAUUAGUGUCUCUGUAUGAGACAUUGUGAUAUACGAAAAAUAUUUGAAUAUUUUUUGCCUACGAUCUGAGGAGGCUCUUCGACAAUCCCAACCUAAUAACUUGAAAGUUAUAAGCUUCGUCUACAAUGAUUAAAAGUUAUGAUGUUAUGAAGGAAACUCAGACAUUUGAAACAAAUUGGCAAAGAACUGGACCUAGUUGUUACAUUAUCGUGAAGCCAAAUAGGUACAUAGCAUAUUCUUAAUUAAAACUUAAAACAUUUUUGCUGUUUAUUUCUAUUUUGUUUAAUGUGAUUUUCAUUUGAAAGCUGCGAAGAGAGAACGAAAGCCCCAGAUAAUGAAAAUAAGGUUGUUUUUAAUAAAACCUAUUUUCCUAACGGUUCUCCGAGCACAUUUGAUUUCGGUCGAACCGUAUUGACUUUUUAUACUGGCAUUCUUCAACUCGUCUUCCAAUGGUAAUCCAGAAGGAGUUACCUGUAUACCCCCAAAAAUAAAAUGAAUAUGUACAUUUCUAACAAAAAGUGAAAUCGCAAAGUGGUUGUGAACAAGUUGUCGCCAACCUUAACUACGAAACAUUCCCAUUUUAAUGCACGAUAUUAAGUGCCGGCAACGACAUCUGCAUAGACGAAAACUGAAAAGUAAAUAAAUAAUAAGUGACUUUCCAAAAUUAGGUUAUAGAGAUUUUAGCUGUAAUUCAACAAUUCAAAAUUAGAGGGUGCAUUUAGAUUAGAUAACUAGGGAGCGUGUUAGGUUCUCCCCGGGAAGUAAUCUCAAGAUUAAUAAGUGCUUCUUAUCGAUGUGUUAGAUAAGAUUACCGUAUAAAGAUAGAUUGUUAUAAUUUAGCGCCAUUGUGAUUAGAUCGUAUAUAUUCUUUAGCUAUGGAGUUGUUUCGACUGUAUACCGUCUUUGUUACGAGAGCGUUUCCAUAUUUUAUAGAGCUAGCUUUACCCUGAGUUUCGGCCUCUCUAGAAAUGUUCCCGACAAAAAGCUUUUACGACUAUUAUUAUUAUUAUUAUUAUUAUUAUUUAUUUUGCUACCGUAAUGUACAUAAGACUGAGAUAAAUAAUACUCCGUGUCCAGUAUGUAGCGACUAAAUGUCCGCGAAUUUAGUUUGGGAUAUUGUUUGAAACAGUACAAAAAAAAGAAGAUUUUUAGACUUCCUUUGUUCUUGGUAAGCACCAAAGUCAAUUAUUUGGUGCUUGGCGCCAUCUAUAGGGCUUGAGAAGUUUUCGGUAAAGCUCACGCCCGUUAUGAAACUAUACAGCCUACUGUACUAUUUUAUCCCGGUUUCCAUACACAUUCCAAAAUUAUAUUCUUUAGAAGUUUUCUACGUAUAGAGUAAAUAUUUUUCCAAUUCAGAUAGUGUAUGGAAUAGAUGAGUAGAUUGGAUCUUAUAGCACAAAGUUAUUUGCAUUGUCUUUAUUUUUUGAAAUAUAUUCACUCACAGUUUAAGAUAAAGUUUUUGACAUGGUGAAUGCUUAAAUUUCUAUAGCUUGUCGAAUCCUAUCUAGUUUUUUGUUUUAAGAGAAAAUAAAAGUGAUGGUACGAAAUUUUCUAUCAAAUUUUGAAGGCAAUGCAAAUACGAGUAAAUUUUGAAAUUUCGAUAUAAGCUGGUUUAUUAUUAUUAUUAUACGAAUGCUGACGAAAAGUUUUGCGUUUGCUCUGAAAUCAACUCAAUUCAGUUAGGGAUGCAGUUAUGAUAUUGCGAACCACACUUUCAUAUAUUUGUACAAAGUUGUAGAUAAUAUUUUAAAGUUCUAAUUUUAGCAGUUUUCGAUUAUUAUAGUAGAACUAGUCAAGUCCGAUAUUUUAAUAAGUAUAACAUUUUGAAAUCACAGUACUUUUUAUACUUAGAUGUGUAGGAUAAAUCCUCUGUCAAAGCAACCCGCGUUUUUAUUAAACUUUUUUGUCUGUUACUAUUUCCGUUUCGAGUACAAUUUUGAAAUUUAUUUAUCCCUACAGUGACGGGAAACUAAUUGGGAACGAUGGCUUACGAUAAUUUUAUUAAUUCUAAUAUUAUUAUAUUUCACAUUAAGCACAAUCAUAAGUUUAAACCGCAAACUAAUUGGAAACGUAUUUUUAGUUAGCAUAUAAAAACACUUAAGAUUUUACCUCAAUCUACUAUUUGGUUGUCAUUAAUUCUCUCUAUUCUGCAAAUAUCUAGUGAAAUGUGGAUCCAAGCUUGUCCUAUAACCUCGAAGAGUCGUUUGAACUUAACUUUCACAUAGAUUUUCUAUUGUGUUAAGGUCUGGGCUACAAGAUGGACAUUGUCAGACAUCUAAAUAAUUAUCCGGUAGCGAGGCGGUGACCCUCAUAGCAAAAUGCUAGGGAUCGUUGUGGUGCUGGGAUUUCCAAAGUAUGUUAAUGUACCAGUACCAGUCAUUCUGUAAAGUGGACCAACACAAUUCCAUACCAUGAUACAAUCACCUCCAAAUUUCAAGAUUUUCAUAGUUUUCAUAUUCUUAAUUUGGUGAACAGCAAAUAAAACGCUUACCAUCAGAACCAAAUUUAUUUACGUGGGAUUCAUCUGUACAUAAUACCUGCUUCCAUUGUUGGAUGUUCCAAGUAAGAUGAGGCUUCUUCCUCGAAGCCCUGCCAAAGAGUUGUGCCUCAUAUAAACAAUUGCGAAGGCUUCGAAUAAGGUUCUCUUGGAUUUUCAACAACAACUUCUUUCCAAAUGUCAUUUGCUGAUUUAGAAAUUCUAUGAAAUGAGCUUUUUUGGAACGAUUAUUCACUUCUGUAAUAUUUUGAAUGAUUGAUAAUAAUUUGUCAUUCAUUUUCGUUACAACCCUUUUGCGAACCUAAAUUAUUUGUAUCUGUAGAAAUUCGAAUGAGGAUUAUCUGGAUCAAAUUUCUUGUUACCAACAAUUACAAUUAUCGGUGUCAAUUAGUUUGCCGUCACUGUAUUUGGAAAAGUGAGGGAUUAUUGGAGUUUUCAAUAUUCGACGACCGUACUAUAUCUUGCUUCUAUAUGAUAACGCGAAGGCAGUAAUUUUUUCGGGAAAAAAAAUUGAAACAAUUUACCCGUGAUCGGAUUUUUAAAGAUAUCGAUUAUUAUGUCAAAGUAUAUAUUAACAUUAGAUUACCAGAUAGUUCGGUAUGUAGUCUCUAAGUAUUUGCAUAUUGUAUGUAUCGUACCGAUUCCAGUUUUACUCGACUGGAUGUUUGCCUAAGAACGCCUUUAGCAUAUUUGAUAAUAUUAUAAACAUCGUUACAACAUGCGACAAGUUAUAUAUAUUUAAACAUUCCAUAUUAAAAUAAAGAAACAAGAUAUUUAAAACUUGCUUAUUAUCUUGAAAUAUUAUUAUUAAAAAAAAAUUGUCAAUAUAUCUUAGAGUAUCUACGAGUAAGAAAAAAUUAUUAACAAUUCUAAAUAUAGUUUCUAAAGACAGUGCUGCGAUUGUUAGUUGUAAUUAUAAAAUUAAGCCUUUCGCAGAUGUACUAUAUAUAUUGAUGAUUAAAACAAAAAUAUACAAUUUGUCCGAAACUGAUUUUUUAUACCUACUCAGUGUUUGUAUAGACGCUCGUUUAUUCGUUUGACUUCUAAGAAGUAUAUUGUAUAUGCUUAAGGUUUUGUAAAUUUUUUUAAUGUACAUCAUGUAUAUUACAUCGUUUUGGACAAAAUGUAUGGCGAAAACCAUUUAAUAAUAAACUUAG